GAAGUUUUGGCCACUGUGUUUGUCGCUUGGCAUCGUGGGCAAUGGCGUCUUCUGUCUUCCUCUCUCUCCUCCCUUCGUCUUCCUCUCUCCCUUCGACUACACUAACCCAUUCCCAGAUCCACUUCUCCCGGCUUCAUCCCUCCGUCACACCGAGGCGAUCCUCCUCCUCCUCCUCCUCCUCGUCGUUGCUAUCUUCUCGCGGUUAUGGCGGUCGACCUUUCGUCCUCCGCAGUAGGCCGACGAUCGCCGCUGUUCAUAACUUUUCCGCCCCCAUCAUAUCUCCUAGCGAUGAAUGGGGGAACUGGACGGCUCUGUUCGCCGCUGGGGCCUUCGGAAUCUGGUCGGAGAAGACCAAGAUUGGCAGCGCUCUGAGCGGCGCGCUGGUGAGCACUUUGGUCGGCCUGGCGGCGAGUAGCGCAGGGAUUGUCGCCCCAGAUGCGCCCGCCUACCGUGUGGUGCUCGAGUUCCUGCUCCCCGUAGCUGUGCCGCUGCUUCUCUUCAACGCCGACCUUCGUCGCGUGCUCAAGUCGACUGGAACUCUCCUUCUGGCUUUCUUGGUGGGAUCUGUUGCCACAACAAUUGGCACCAUAGUAGCAUAUCUAUUAGUUCCCAUGCGAUCACUUGGACCAGAUAGUUGGAAGAUUGCAGCCGCUUUGAUGAGCAGACAUAUUGGUGGAGCUGUCAAUUAUGUUGCUGUUUCAGAGUACUUUGGUGUUUCUCCUUCAGUUUUAACAGCAGGAUUAGCUGCAGACAACGUUAUAUGUGCAGUAUAUUUUACAUCUCUUUUUGCAUUAGCCUCUAAAAUACCUGCUGAAGCUACUUUCUCUACUAAUGAUGUUCAACUCCACUCUGAGAAUAAAGAAGGAAAUAAGCUACCUGUCUUGCAAAGUGCUACAGCAUUGUUUGUUUCGUUUGCAAUCUGCAAAGCAGCUACAUCUAUAACAAAGUAUUUUGGCAUUCAAGGAGGAAAUCUACCUUGCAUAACAGCAAUAGUUGUGGCCUUGGCAACCUUGUUCCCAUCACAACUGGGUAGCCUAUCUCCUGCAGGUCAAGCAAUGGCUCUGAUUCUGAUGCAGGUCUUCUUUGUUGUUAUCGGAGCCAAUGGCAGUAUUUGGAAUGUGAUUUACACAACGCCUAGCAUCUUUGCAUUUGCUUCUAUCCAAAUAGCUGUGCAUCUUGUCAUAAUUCUUGGAAUCGGACGAUUGCUCGGCCUCGAGAAGAAGUUGCUGCUGAUAGCCUCAAAUGCCAAUGUCGGAGGUCCUACUACAGCCUGUGGUAUGGCGACCGCCAAGGGUUGGAGCUCUUUAGUUGUUCCUGGGAUCCUUGCAGGCAUCUUUGGGAUUGCAAUAGCAACCUUUCUUGGCAUUGGGUUUGGGGCCUACGUCCUCCAGAAGAUGUAGCACUUCCAAAUCGAAUGCCACAGUGGCAAAAGGCUAAGCCAUUCUUCAGCAUUGAAUUUCCAGAUAAACACGAGCAUCAAAACGACUCGACAAGUUGACAUUCGAUGCUGCCAUAACUAGUCGAAUUUCCAGAUAAACACGAGCAUCAAAACGACUCGGCAAGUUGGCAUUCGAUGCUGCCAUAACUAGUCGAAAUGCAGCAUUCUUUCGGUUUCCUUUCCUCGUCUGGUUGGUUUCUCUCUGUUAUUUCUCCUGCUUCAUUUCCUAAAUUGUUCUUUGUAAAACUUCAUUAAAAAUUGUUCUUUGUUA